UUUAAUCAGUGACUUCCGUUAAAAUGGCCGAAUUACAAAUCACUCCCAAACGCACAAUUGGCCAUAGCCAUCCUACCUUUAUCAUCGCCGAAAUUGGCCAAAACCACCAAGGUGAUGUAAAGAUCGCCAAAAAAUUAAUUCAACUGGCGAAGGAAAGUGGGGCCGAUUGUGUUAAAUUCCAGAAAACCUGUCUCACUGAGAAAUUCAAUAAAUCGGCCCUAGCCAGGCCAUACCGUGGCCCCCAUUCAUGGGGGCGCACCUACGGCGAACACAAACAAUUUCUAGAGUUUACAAACGAACAGUUUCGCGAAUUGCAAAGUUUUGCCGCCGAAGUUGGUAUUUUAUUCACAGCGUCAGCAAUGGAUUCACAAUCUUUACGAUUUCUUGCCAGUUUGAACGUCCCAUUUAUUAAGAUAGGGUCCGGUGAUUCUAAUAAUUUGCUACUGAUUCAAGAAGCCGCAGCAAUGAAUGUGCCUUUGGUCAUAUCAACAGGAAUGCAAGACCUGGGGGGUGUGAGAGCCACUUAUGAGUGUGUCGCUCAGUAUCAUAAAAAAUUGGCGCUACUUCAUUGCGUUUCUGCAUAUCCUACACCUCCCCAGGAGAUAAAUCUUAACGUUAUUAAAUUGUACAAGACGGAAUUUCCUGAUGUUGUGAUUGGUUAUUCGGGACAUGAGCUGGGGAUUGAUGCCAGUGUGGCUGCUGUGGCACUGGGGGCUAAAAUUAUCGAGCGUCAUGUAACACUUGAUAAAACCCAGAAAGGGUCAGACCAUCAAUGUUCACUAGAACCACAGGAACUUAAACUUUUAAUUGAAAAAAUAAGAGAGUUGGAAAUUACUUUAGGUAAGCCUGUAAAGGCCUUUCAACCUUCUGAACGACCGUGUUAUGCCAAACUCGGCAAAAGUUUAGUUGCUGCCACAACUCUACGAAAGGGCGAUAUUUUGCAACAUGAAAAUAUCAAAAUCAAAGUUGCUGAGCCGAAAGGAAUCGACGCUUCUUUGCUCAAAGAUGUGAUAGGGAGACGUGUUAAAGGAGUUAUUAAUGAGGAUGAAUCAAUUUUAAAAGAAAAUUUGGAAUAAUUUAUUGAAUAAAUGGUUUACAAAUCA